CCACGCCGUAGUCCUACCAUCAGUCACGUGACUAAUCUGACAGUGACAGUGGGGAUAAUGGGGAAAUUCGCUGCGGGAGAGGUAGAGUGGUAUCGAAGAUAAAGUAGAGUGGGGAAAAAGUAUUGAUCUGGCUUCACUGACCUAAUCUUCCGAUUUUAUGUUAUAUUUCGCGAAAAGCGUAUGCGCGUGUAUACAUUAUCAUAUUAUUAUUCGGAGACGGCAUGGCUUGUGAAGCAUGUAACGCGAAGUUCAGUUUCUUUACACGCAAGAAACAAUGUAACGAAUGUUUAAAGUACUUCUGCGCCGAAUGUGUGAUCAAACGAUUGGACAGAAUUUUAAAAUGUCCAACAUGGAAGCAUAACGUCAAUAGUCCUGCUUUGAAUCAAGUGACAGACCCAGACAAUGAACGUACCAAUGGAUCUUGUGAACAGAAACAUAAAACAGAUAAUACAAAUGUCGAUUGUGAUGCAGGGGCAGAAAUUUCAGGAACAGCUGUUGGUACAGAUGAAAGUAGGACACCUGUCAUUUUGACAGAAAGUGAAACACCAGUGAUUACAGAUUCUCAAUGUUCUGAUACAAGUAACAAAGUUUCCACAUGGUCAGAUGGAAUCAAUCUAUCUGAUAUAAACACAUUAUCAGAAUUGGGAUGUUUAAGUGUGAAGCAAUUGAAAACUUUGUUAAGUACGAAUCGGGUGGACUACAAAGGUUGUACAGAGAGGUAUGAAUUAUUAGAUAAAGCCUGGAGAUUAUGGCAAGAGUACAAACAGUCGAAAACAAAUACGGAAACAGUUGAUGAAAAUCUUUGCAAAAUUUGCUGGGAUGAACCAAUUGAGUGCGUGAUUUUAGAAUGUGGUCAUAUGGUUUGUUGCCUCAACUGUGGCAAGCAAAUGUCUGAAUGUCCUAUAUGUAAACAGUAUGUGGUACGGGUGAUAAGAAUCUUUAAAGCUUAACAGGAAAGAAAAUAGUUAGAAAAAGAACAUUUUUCAAGUUUUUGUAAUUUUUUUUACAUAUAUUUUUUGACACAUUAAUCGCAAGUUUAUAAUUUACAAAUACAUAAUACUCCACUUUUGUUAUUACUACUUAAGUAUACGUACUAAUUGGCCAGAGAAAUUUAUGACACUAGUAUUUCCCGUAAGUGCAAUAACCGUGUCUUAAACAAUACAAAAAUAUGGGAAAUGCAACAUGUGAGAGAAGGAAUUGGAUACAAAAAUGUUGCAAUUUAAUGAAUAAGUGGGUAAGCUAGUUGUAUAAUACAUAAUUUAUAUGUCAGUGGUAUAUGUAGAAGUGGUAAUCUUAGUAAUAUUCAGUUAUCAAAAGUACUCAACAAUUUUUGUAUUUGUAUGUAGUAAUUAAAAAUUUUUUUAUCAAAACAGUUUUCCACAUUUGAUCUUUAUAUUAAAUAUAAACGUGAAUAAUUUUUACUGUGCUGACCUUACCACACUGUACAAAAUAUUCAAACCUGAAUAUUAUUGUGAUGAUGGUUUGUUAUAAUAUAUAUAUAUAUAUAUAUUAAGAAUGACAAAUAAACAG